AUUAAUAAUUUUCAUUCUCUUUCUCUCUCUUUCUCUUUCUCUCUCUCUCUCCUAUAAUUCUGACUAUUGGGUCUGUAAUUAAAGAGUGGAAGUUGCCCCAAUCAAUCAAAAAGCUCAAAGCAGACACCAAAACCAAAAAGACAACAUGGGCAGAGCUCCUUGCUGCGACAAAGCAAACGUGAAGAAAGGUCCAUGGUCUCCAGAAGAAGAUGCUAAGCUCAAAUCCUACAUAGAAAAACAUGGCACUGGUGGUAACUGGAUUGCUUUGCCUCAAAAAAUAGGCCUUAAGCGAUGUGGCAAGAGUUGCCGCCUUAGGUGGCUGAACUAUCUUCGCCCUAAUCUCAGGCACGGUGGUUUCUCUGAGGAAGAAGACAACAUUAUUUGCAGCCUUUACAUCAGUAUCGGAAGCAGGUGGUCGGUGAUUGCAGCACAGUUGCCGGGAAGAACUGAUAAUGACAUAAAGAACUACUGGAACACGAGGCUGAAAAAGAAGCUUCUAGGGAAGCAUCGAAGAGAGCCACGUAAUAGAGGCAAUUACAACAGUGUUAAGCAAGAAAUUAGUGAUGCUAAUAGAAGGAGUAGCGAUGGUGAUUCUUCUUCCUUAUCCAUGGUUCAGGAAAAUAGUAGCACUAGUCAACAACAUCACCAACAACAACAUCAACAAUUAUGUUGGCCACAGAACAUCAACAUGCCAGUGCUGCCACUACCCAUAAUACCCUUGCCAUACACAACAAGCCAAGGUCCAGGUUUCAACGACCAAGAUUCCAUCAAGAAACUCCUGAUCAAACUAGGAGGAAGAUUUUCAGGUGAUUAUUACCAGCCUACCCUUGAUGGGUUGAACCUUCAAUUCUCCUCACAAGGGCAACAAGUUUACCAAGAACAAGUCCAUGUUGGUUCCUCUUCUUCUUCAGCCUGCAUUGUUGCCAACAACGAGGUACACUUUGGACAAACUGGUCAAUACUCUGGAGUUGAUGACAUGAUGCAAGGACAAGAUGGUAAUUUCACCCCAUCAUUUGAGGAAAUGGUGCCUUCUUCUAAUUAUUCAGAUGGGUUAGAGUUCUUGUACAAUGAAGGCAUGAUCCUCCACAAGAUAACAGAUUCUACUAUCACUACUACUUGUGACCAAAACACCACCACCACCACAAAUUGGGAUGAAACCACCACUUCCAUUUAUCACCAUGAUUCACUUGCUUCCCAUUUUGAAGGUCAAGAAUGUGCUUUGCAAGAGUUUAGCUACCCAGGGGCACAAUAACAUGAUCUUUUUGUAUAUUGUUAUUUUACUGUCAUUACUAUUAUUAGCCAUUUGUCACAAGGGGAGGGGGGUAAUUGACAAUAAAAUAAGUUAUAUAUAUAGAUAUAGUAUGUAUAACUGUCUAUGUACUGUAGCUAUAUUAAUUUCUGCUUAGUUAGUUAGUUUUUCUCAUAAGCUGCUAUAGUGUUGAAUGUUGAUCAUCUGCUAGGUAGUAGCAGUAAGUGUAGUUUCUCUGACUAUUGUUUUGUGUAUUGAUUUGGGUAUCGUUUAAAUA